CUGUCUCUAUUUACAACUGCGCAGUUAUCGGUUGUGCAUCAUGGCGUCCUCAAGCGCCACAAAAGAGACAAAAGGUAGAAGGGGAAGCUAUAAUACAGAAAUUCCAGAUUUGUCUUUGAGAAGGAUGGUUUUAGUUGGAAUGACAGGAGCUGGUAAAAGCUCUUCUGGAAAUACAAUCCUGGGCAGAGGGGCCUUUAGAGCUGCCAGAAGUGCUUCAUCUGUAACCAAAGAGUGUGGGAAAGAGUCUGAAGAGGUGGCUGGAAGAGAAAUUACAGUGGUAGAUACACCAGGUAUGUGUGACACAGAUGUUUCUGAGGAGGAUCUGAAGCAGAAGAUCAGUAAAUGUAUAAACAUGACGGCACCUGGACCUCACGCCAUCCUCCUGGUCAUUAAAGUGGGUCCGUUCACAAAGGAAGAGAGGCUAUCAGUGGAGAAGAUCAGAGUCAUAUUUGGAGAAGAAGCAGAUAAACACACAAUCGUCCUCUUCACUCACGGCGAUAAACUGAAAGGCAGCACUAUUGAGGAACACAUUAGUGAAGCCAGUAAAGAUCUCAAAGAAAUCCUGAGGCACUGUGGAGGAAGAUAUCACAUCUUCAGUAAUAAAGACAUGGAGGAUCGUAAUCAGGUUCUGGAGCUGCUGGAGAAGGUAGAUGACAUGGUCGCUGCUAAUGGAGGUGAAUAUUACACCAAUGACUCUUACCAGGACGUGGAGCUCAUGCUGAAAACUAAAGCAGAUCAACUGAGACGAGAAUAUGAGAAGAAACUACAAGAGAAAGAAAGAGAAUUGGAGACCAGAUUUGCUGAAGAGAGGCAGAAACUGGAUGAUAGAUUGAAUGAGUACAAGCGUUAUUAUGAAGCAAAGCUCAAAGAGUUCAGACUGGAACAAGAACAGACUUAUACUAAUGAGAAGAAACUGAAAAAGAUCCUUACUAAGUUAAAAAGCCUCAAAGUCAAAUUUUAACCACAUUCCGGUUAUAUUCUCAGGGUUAAAUUAUAAGGCUUAUAUGCAGAGUGUACAAUAUUACUUCACUCUAAAAAUGCUGGGUUAAAAACAACCCAAGUUGGGUAAAAUAUGGACAAACCCAGCAGGUUGGUUAAAGGGCACCUAUUAUACCCUCUUUCACAAGAUAUAAUAUCUAAUUAAAUAAAGUCUCUGGUCUGGUCAAGUUUCAGCUUAAAAUACCCCACAAAUAUUCCCCUAUUUAAGGGUGAGCAAAGACAUGCCCUUUCCUAUAUUAAUAUAUUGCUGGCUAAAAAAAAUAAAUCCAAAAUUGGUUUAAAAAAAUGGCUGGGUGAAAACAACCCAAUCCCUGGGUUUGUCCAUAUUUAACCCAGCAUUUUUUAGAGUGUUAUAUAAACAUUUGUACAGGCUAUGGAAUAGGUGGUGUUUUUGGUGAGCUCCGUUGAAAAUAUAUGGGGAAAAAAAAAAAUUACAGACAAGCUGAAAUGUUGGAGGAUGGCACCAAACUUCUUGAUUCAUUGAAAUGGACAUUGCAACACUUUUGUGAUCAAAGUUUGCCUACUCUUACAAGUGAGUUUGAGGACAUUAAAUCUGAAAUAAAUGCCGUUAAAAUAGAAGUUGUCGGCGGCAUUGACGUGUUAUGUGCUUGUGUCCAUGAAGAAAACAACUGAAAUGGAAGAAGGCCUCAGCAUAUUCUCUGACAAGAUAACAGGAAAAAUGUCUUGAUAUAGAGGGACAAAUGAGGAGAUGCAACUUUUGGAUAAUGAAUGUGCCAGAGACACGUGGCUCAUGUACCCCUGCAUCUGUCUCUAAACUGUUUAAAGGGGACCUAUUAUGCAAAAUUCACUUUUGCCUGGUGUUUGGACAUAAAUGUGUGUUGGCAGUGUGUGUACACAACCACCCUAUAGUGAUAAAAAUCCACCCACUCCUUUUUUUAAUCAGGUGUUCUGUAGCUGGAUUUAUUAAUCCACAGAGCUCUCUCCAUGUACACCCUAAAUCUGAGCUGCUGAAAACGGACUUGAACUAGAUGAUAAAAACAAGGGAAAUCAGUCCUCUGCAGUAUGGUGCCAGGAUAUCCAUAUCCCCGCCCUUUCCUCCAAUAGUGGUGCAUGCUAGAACAGCAUUAGGUCAGGAAAUGACUACGAGGACGGGAUGUAUGGUGCAUUUCAUCGAGAUAAACUCCGGAUAACCCAUGACAGGAUUGAAAAACGAUUCAAAGAUCCUAUGACUGAUGGCCUAUGUGACGUCAAUCCUCACUGUUAGUAAGGAUGUAUAAAAGAGGUAAUAGGGCCUCUUAUAACAUUAUCCUGAUAAAGUUUAAAUAUAUAUUUUCAUUAAUAAUAAUAAUAAUAAUAAUAAUAAUAAUAAUAAUAUUGAGUAAAUUUACCAAAGCCUUCUGACUAUCAAGAGCCUUUAAUAAUAAGCUAGAAUGAAGCUCUUUUUGAAGUUAGAUUAUUAAUUUUCUCUUUUUAUAAAUUAGUAAACCCGGUACAGUUGGUACACGUUUUGCUUUUUCCGUUACCACACCAAAUCUAGGGACUGAAAAGAAGUGAUUCUUCAUAUGACAUUUCCUUUACUUGUCCAUUAAAAUAUUAAUAAUUAUUAACAUCCAUAAGUAGGUCACAUUUGCCAAAAAUAGCUCAUAAACACAAGAAGCUUUUUUUGUUCCAACUGUACUCAUGUCAGGUACAGUUGGAACAGUACCUGAGUACAGUUAAGACACUCAUCCAGAAUACUGUAAAGCUGCCUAACCAAUUCACUGCAAAUGUAAAAUACCUUUAAUUUGUAAAACAUUGUACAGUAAUGGCAAACAGCGAGACAAUAUUUAAUUUAAGUUCAUCAUUUUAAUAUUAACAGUUGAAAAGAUGAGUAACAGAAAAAACAUUGAACAAUUGACGAGUUUGGUUCCAAAACGCAAUAACUCCAUUUUGAUUAAUUUGAGUAAAAAGGUGUUUUUUUACCAAGAAAGUGGCAAGGUGAAAACCACUAUUUUCUGUUUCCAACUUUCACAUAGCAUCUUUU